AUGCCACGCAGAGCUCAUAAGAAGUCCCGGAAUGGUUGUCUGGAGUGCAAGCGCCGCCAUAUCAAAGUAUUCCACCCCGAUUCCCCACGUUGCAAUGAAAACCGUCCCAUAUGUUCCAACUGCACCGUCUCAGAGCGGGUGUGUGAGUAUGGGAUCAAUGUGUUCAAGGUUACACGGCCUGUAGACUCGCCAGAUCACUCUGCGGCUUCUACGUCUCUCUCACCAGCGACCAACGUACCCUCGGGCCGCUCCAGUCUCAGCCCGAAUCCAGGAACUCCCCAAGAUGCACCAGUGAACAUGCUUCACAUGGAGCUUUUCUACCAUUUAAAUACCGAGACAUUUCCGGAGUUGGACCGCAGGAAAUAUGCCAAUCAUUUCCUCAGUAUUAUGCCGCACCUCUUAAAAGCACCCUAUGUGGUGAAUGAGCUCCUCGCCUUCAGCGCCUUACACCUCAGCACCAAGCAUCCGGAGCGACAGGAGUACUACCGGACUCAUGCCGCCCAGCUCCAGACGCAUGCUCUGGCGAUCUUCAAGGAAACAGACUUGGAGGUGAAUCAAGAAACGUGUGUGCCAAUUUUCUUCUUCUCGGCUAUUCUUGGGCUUCACACGCUCUGCGAUGUGCUCGUAUACAGGGACAACGAUUUCGAGCACUUUGUGGACAAGUUCGUGCACUGUUUUCGACUCCAUCGGGGUGUCAGAGCAAUCUGUGCGAAAGCCUGGGAUAUGCUGCACCAGUCAGUCCUCCAGCCGAUGAUAACGGACGGUGCGUCCCUUUAUCAAUUCGAUGGUCGGCUGGGAGCGGGGUGCGAGAAACUUCUUAACCUUGUUCAAGCGGCAAAACUCGGAGCUACCUUGACAGACAUCUACAAACAAGCCAUAGAGCACGUACAGACCUCGACCAAUGCGUUGAUGGCUGGUGGAUCUCUCGCCGGAAGUAGCAAUGGCAGCACUGGAUGGCCUAAUCAUGGCAGCACUGGAUGGCCGGUACUUGUUUCCCCGGAAUACAUUGACCUACUGCUGCAGCGGCGACCAGAGGCGCUUGUGAUCCUGGCUCAUUAUGCCAUUUUACUUCAUUCGUGCCGGGAUUCGUGGAUGUUUGGCGAUGGGGGCCGAUUCCUUAUCGAGUCUAUUCGUGAUUUCCUGGGCCCGGAUUGGACUGAGUGGUUGGAAUGGCCGAUCAAAGCUCUGGAUAGUCCUACUGAGCCCUUGUUACAGGCAUUCGGGUGA